AUGUCCGACUCGAACGUGUACGUCGUCACGGGCGCCGAUGGGUACAUUGCGUCUGUGCUGGUCAAGCGGCUGGUGGAAUCGGGUGCGCACGUCCGAGCUACUGUCGGACGCGAAUCCUCGGGCCAAGAGAUCAAAAAAUACCUCUCACCCUCUGGCUCGGGCUCUGGCAAGCUCGAGAUCUUUAUCAUCCCAGACAUUACGAUUCCUGGCGCAUUCAAGGAGGUGCUCGAGGGAGCUACGCACAUGUUCCACGUAGCUGGAGGUGGAAAGAUGGAUGCCGAGAAGGACGUUCUCGAUCCAGCCCGAGCAGGGACCUUGACGCUACUCAAGGACGCAGUAGAGGCAAAGAUCCAAAGGGUCGUCUAUACCUCCUCCGUGGCUGCCAUCAAAGUCGGAACGAGCAACACGUGCGACGAGACGCACUGGAACGCUCUCAUUUCCGACGAAGCGAUCCAAGGCCUGAAGAGCGACGAUCCGACCGAGGCGAUGAAGGCGAGCAGCGCCAGUAAAAGGGUGGCCGAGGAGGCAGUGUGGGACUUUGUACGCGAAACGAACGCUUUUCCGCUGGUGACACUCCAACCGGUGAUGGUCAUCGGCAAGGCGAUGCCCGGUGAAAGCAACGCGCACCUCUGCAACACACUCCGUCCCGUUCAAUCCGAGAACGGCACCAGCGGCUACGGGGACAUCGAGCAUCUUGUCGAAGCGCACAUCCAGGCGAUGAAGCGCGACGAGGCCAACGGCAAACGGUUCCUUCUUCUCCGCCGGCCACCCGCUGCGCUAGUGCUCGGCAUCCAGUACAGGAGCGUCAAGGAGAGCCUCAAGAGGAUGGUCGAUUCGGCCGUCGAGAGUGGCGCUGCCAAGGAUUCUCCGGCUGGGAGGAACUCCGCUUCCAAGUGGUCUGUAAGCAUACACGAUGUUUGCGAGCGAAAGGCAUGUUCGGGAAGCUCCUCAUCAACUCACUCGGACGGUGAUUGA